CUCGCGAGCCGCAGAGCACGGCGAGGGACUCACGCCGGUCCCAUUCACCACCUCCCUCCGAGUCUGAGCUCUCCCUCCGCUAAUAUAUUAUCCGAAUCCGUCCCGAUGGCAUUGGUUGUCGUCUCCGGCUUUCCGUGCUCGGGGAAAACCACUCGAGCACAUCAAAUCAAGGAAAUGUUAGAGUCGAAGAUCAAUGAGGCAGGCGGUGAUCUUGCCACAAGGAAUGUGAUCGUGAUCAAUGACGAGUUACUGGGGGUGUCUCGCUCUGCGUACGAUGGUGAGCUGCUCGGUUAAGCCGGGGUGGUCGUGGCUGUUGAUGGGGUCGAAUUUGACGAGCAUUUCCAGGAUCACAGAAAGCAAGACGGAGAAGGUGGCCCGGGCAAGUCUACUAUCCUCCACCAUUCGUAAACUCAGCAAGGAUCACAUCGUGAUUUGUGAUGGGAUGAACUAUAUCAAGGGCUUUCGAUACCAGUUGUACUGCGCUGCCCGGGAAGCCGGGGUUCGGACAUGCACGAUUCACGUAGCCAACCUACAGGCUAACUGUCUAGCCUACAAUGCCAAACUCCCUCCGGAAUCUUGCUACAAGGAAGAAACUAUCCAGAAUCUGUUCACUCGUUAUGAAGAACCCAAUUCAAGCGUUCGAUGGGACUCUCCCUUGAUUGUAUUCCCUUGGUGCGAUUCAUUGGUGUCAACAGCAGAUGACGGUGUGGCUGGCGACAAUGCGCCAGGCCUCGCUCAUAAACUGCAAGGUCUUCGGGUCCUGGGUAAUGACGGGGAAGAACAAGAUUCAACAACAGCCCGACCGCUGGGUUCAGAGCCACCCAACCAAUCAGCUGCACCUGAGGGGAUCAAGUCCAGCCAAUCAACAAAAGAGGGUGCGCGUUGGUCGAGGAUUGCGGAGGACAUAUGGACAGCAAUCACCAAAGGCGAUCUCAAACCUGUCCAUGCUGCGGUGAAAACGGCUACGCCAACGUCAACCAAUUUCCUCCAUGUCUUAGAGAUUACUACGACUUCAGUACUCACCAGCCUCCUGUCUGCCGUAAACGAGUCUCAGAAUCGAUGCGGUCUUGUAUCAUUUCCCUGCGUGCUCCCCCACUCAGGGAAAUCCUGCGUAUUCUCAAUCAAUAUCCCCAUGGGAAAGACUGUUAACGUUGGAGUCUUACAGCGGCUGAAGCGACAAUACACUACGAUGCACAAGCAGGCUAACGCUGCUGGACGAGGAACUUCGUCCCACGACGAGGAUGGAAUCGCGGACAGCUUUGUAAAAUAUGUACAGGGUGCAAUUUGAGAAUUUGCCAAAUCUUGCCUCUCCGGCACAUCUAUGUAGUAUCAUAGCUUGACGGAUGACCUGAGAUACGGAGCUCGAUGGAAUUUCGUGUGUACUAUCAUGCCGCCGCAAAUGAAUUCACUUGGAACCAUACUUGUGAUUUUAUAAUGUCACCCCAAACCUUGAUCAAAUCAGUGGUAACCAUUUUGAACCACAGAAGAGCUUUUGAAUUUUUAUUUUUUACAAAUCAUGCAACCAUCAGUUUCCCUAUCAGAAAACUCGGCGUUACUUGAACCAAAAUUAUCCUACCCAUAAAUCUCUGCCAAACUGUCAGAUCCCUUGUGGUUCAAUCAU